GGCGGCAGCCUGGUGCCCGCGGCGCGCCAGCAGCACUGCACGCAGGUGCGCAGCCGGCGGCUCAUGAAGGAGCUGCAGGACAUCGCGCGCCUCAGCGACCGCUUCAUCUCCGUGGAGCUGGUGGACGAGAGCCUCUUCGACUGGAACGUGAAGCUGCACCAGGUGGACAAGGACUCGGUGCUGUGGCAGGACAUGAAGGAGACCAACACCGAGUUCAUCCUGCUCAACCUCACCUUCCCCGACAACUUUCCCUUCUCGCCGCCCUUCAUGCGGGUGCUCAGCCCGCGCCUGGAGAACGGCUACGUGCUGGACGGCGGCGCCAUCUGCAUGGAGCUGCUCACGCCGCGCGGCUGGUCCAGCGCCUACACCGUGGAGGCCGUCAUGCGCCAGUUCGCCGCCAGCCUGGUCAAGGGCCAGGGGCGGAUCUGUAGAAAAGCCGGCAAAUCAAAAAAGUCCUUCAGUCGCAAGGAAGCUGAAGCCACCUUCAAGAGUUUGGUGAAGACUCAUGAAAAAUACGGUUGGGUCACCCCUCCCGUCUCUGAUGGCUGAUGGUUGCAACGCAUAUUAGACGCUAAAGCCGCCUCUCCACACACACAGAUACCCAACAUCUCCUCCUCAACGCUGAGCAUCCUCCAUCCUUUUUUACUCCAGCCGGAACUGAAUCCUGAAUGCCAAGGAGACGUUUAAGUUAUUUAUGAACAGAUGUGUUUACAGAGAGCACGAGGGAGCCAACGCUGUUCGGGAUUAAGUUUCGAUUAUAAAUGAAUGAUCAUCUCUAAGUCACUUUAGAACAAACGCUGAGAUGGUGACAUUUCCCAGCCCGCCUGCCCCUCAGCCAACCCCAGUCACAUCGCCCUUAGCUUCUUUCCAUGACAGCAGCUCCAAAGAGCAGGCAGGAAACUCAAUGCCUGCUGCUCGACCCAUUUACAUGUAAAUGGCGCCGUUCAUAUUUAAUAAGAACGCCCUGCAUCGCCAGUACAUGUUUGCUGUGCUUUGUAUCUCUGUUUCUCUCCCUGGCAGGUCAACAUAACUUGAAGACAUGUGUCUUUCUGUGGCCCCAUGUGAUGACAUGUAGACCUCAUUUGUGCUAUGACUUUUGGCUCAUGAAAAGAAAAAUUGAAUAUUGCCAGGUUCUAGUGAUUUAAAAUAACAACUGCCCACUUGGUUACAGUGUGCUCUCCAUGCUGAUGUUGGGUGCGCGGCUGUCCACAGAGAAACCAGUGCCCUAAGAUGAAAGGCAGGGGGUGCUGUGGCCACAACGGGGCCCAUGACGGUGCAGAUGCCGAGUGCACGCUCCCUGGGACUCAGAGCGUCGGAGGUCAGGUGCGGACAGUCUCUUCCAAUAUUCUGAAAUGCUCCUACGACAGUGCAUCGUGUUCCGGUCUUCUCUCCACUGGUCAACCCACCACCAAAAGCAAAGACAAUUUCCCAUUCACUGAAGUCAUCUGACUCAUUUUAUUCUAUGUGCUAGUGACAGGGAAGGCCUGAGCUGCCAAAGGGUACCAAGUGAUCGUACGACGAUUUGCAUGACCGGGUUUAUUUCUUCACCCAGUAGUCACUAGUGUGUCCCCUGAGGCUGGGAUGCGUGAGCCCCCUCGCCAUGAUAUAAACUUCCUGUUAUUUAAUCUCCCCACGGUUUCAUUUCUCUCUUCUGUUACGUUACUUAGAACUUUCUAAGAAACUCCGUGAGAUGAGGAAAUACGGUUUAUAAUAAUAUGCGGAAAGAGGUAAAAUGUUCAUUCCACGUGGAAAAUCUUAUUGGACACGUUUGAAAUAAAAUCAUGCAUACCUGAGA